CUCUCUCUCUCUCACUCUCUCUCACACACACACACAUACAAUAUUCCUUUUCCCCCUCACUUUCUCUCUCUAAAACAAACUCUGGUGGUGAUGUUGAUUCUCUCUUCGUUUUCUUCUUCUUCUUCACACAUUCCUAAGCCGUUAUCUUCAUUUUCUUCAACUACUUCUUGUGUACCAGCAAUAGUAAAAGCUAGUGCUGCUGUUACUAAUGUUUGUUUUGCAGCAACUUCGAGGCUAUUUCCGAUUUCAUGCUUGAGGAGUAGUGUGAAGAUUAGGAAGUUAAGAUGUGCGGUUUUCUGUUCUUAUUCAACUGCCGCAAUAGCUGUUUCUACUUCUGAGAAUCAUGAGCUUCCUCACUCUUGUGCCUUCCUUGAUGCUCGUACUGGAGAAGACUUGCUAUCUGCUAUUCGAAAAGCUGUGGAAGAUGAAAAACUGCCGCUUAGUGUUGCUGAAGGAAUGGAGGAGUUGUAUCAUAACUAUCGGAAUGCAGUUUUACGAAGUGGAGUCCCCAAAGCAGAUGAGAUCAUUUUGUAUAACAUGGCUCUUGUAUUGGAUCGUGUUUUUGUAGAUGUGAAGGAUUCUUUCGAAUUCUCGCCGCAUCACAAGGCCAUUCGUGAACCUUUUGACUAUUACACUUUUGGUCAAAAUUAUAUCCGCCCUUUAGUUGAUUUCAGGAGUUCUUAUGUUGGCAAUAUUUCAGUUUUUGGUGAAAUCGAAGAGAAACUUAAGCAGGGUGAUAAUGUUGUCUUGAUGUCAAACCACCAAAGUGAAGCCGAUCCCGCGAUUAUUGCACUGUUGCUUGAAUUGAAGCACCCAUAUAUUGCUGAGAACAUUAUCUAUGUUGCGGGAGAUAGAGUUAUUACAGAUCCUCUUUGCAAGCCAUUCAGCAUGGGAAGGAAUCUCUUGUGUGUUUAUUCAAAAAAACAUAUGAAUGAUGACCCUGAACUUGCUGAGAUGAAAAAGAGAGCAAACACCAGAAGCUUGAAGGAGAUGGCUUUGCUAUUAAGGGCUGGAUCAAAAAUAAUAUGGAUUGCUCCUAGUGGUGGAAGAGAUAGGCCAGACGCUGUUACAAAAGAAUGGUAUCCAGCACCAUUUGAUGCUUCCGCGGCAGACAACAUGAGGAGGCUUGUAGAACAUGCUGGUGUCCCUGGUCACAUUUAUCCGCUAGCAAUAUUAUGUCAUGAUAUUAUGCCCCCGCCGCCUCAGGUUGAGAAAAAUAUCAGAGAGAAAAGAGUGAUUUCUUUUCAUGGAACUGGCAUAUCCGUGGCACCCAAAGUUGAUUUUCAUGAGGUUGCUGGUGCUUUGGAAGACUCUGAGGCUAAGAUGGUAUAUACAAAGGCACUUUAUGACUCUGUAAACCAACAGUACAACGUGCUAAAUGCUGCUAUACAUGGCAAACAAGGACUGGAGGCAUCAACUCCUAGCGUUUCAUUAUCACAACCAUGGCAAUAGCUUCUGUUCCAACUUUAUUUUCCAAACCUUGUUGCUUUAGUCAGUUUGCAGGGUGUUUGUUUGGUAGUUAUAAUCAAAUCAGAGGGAUAACACUCACAACCUAUCCACACACCACACUUGCAUGUGGUUGGUCUAUGCAGAGAGUCAUCCAGUUGAUACAAACAAGUAAUUCUCGAAGUUACAGCCUACAUAACCCAAAGGAAUUUUUUUGGCAGGGCUUAGAUAUUCUUUGACACGGAUGUACAGUUGCUUUUACGUUGUAUCUACUAAAUGUUGGAUCUAAAUCUGUUAGUAAUGAUAGCUUUCAAGCACUGUCAAUUCUGACCUUUUAAGGUCAAGUGUAUGUAGUUAUCCCAGAUUGCUCUUCUCGCCUUUGAUAUGGUAAUCCAAUUUGAUUGAAAAUAUAAUAAAUGAUGCUCUGCGAUA